AUGUUGAUUGUUAUCUUUGUGACUCUUUUUGUGACAGCGACUUUGCAUCAGCCGCCUUCGGUGAUAGCUCUGGACGUCCACCUCCUUCGUCAGCUAGCUGCAAAGCACAAUGUAACAACAAUGCUUGUGUUUGGAGAUUCUAGUGUUGAUCCUGGAAACAAUAAUUUCCUUAAUACUGAUAUGAAAGGAAAUUUUCCACCUUAUGGUGGAAAUUUCAUAAACCAUAAAUCUACCGGAAGAUUAUGCGACGGAUUACUCGCACCUGAUUUUAUCGCGGAGGCCAUGGGCCACCCGCCCAUACCGGCUUUUCUUGAUCCAACACUAACCCAAGCCGAUCUACCUCGCGGUGCAAGUUUUGCCUCGGCUGGUUCUGGUUAUGACGAUCUUACAGCUAAUAUAUCCAACGUGUGGAGUUUCUCGACGCAAGCCAAUUACUUUUUGCAUUACAAAAUUCACCUCAAUAAAUUGGUUGGUCCAUUAGAGAGCUCGAAAAUGAUCAAGAAUGCGAUAUUUCUUCUAAGUAUGGGAACAAAUGACUUUCUUCAAAAUUACUUAGUCGAUUUUACUCGACAAAAGCAAUUUACAGUUGAACAAUACAUCGACUUUCUCUCCUCCCGUAUGCUUUACGACGCCAAGAUGUUACGUAGACUUGGCGCUAGAAGGUUGGUGGUGGUAGGAGUUCCUCCCAUGGGAUGCAUGCCCCUAAUAAAAUACCUUAGAGGGCAAAAGACUUGCGUUGAUCAAUUAAACCAAAUCGCUUUCUCCUUCAACUCAAAAAUUAUCAAGAAUCUCGAGCUUCUGCAAUCUAAAAUCGGUUUGAAAACUAUUUACGUUGAUGCCUAUUCUACCAUCCAAGAAGCCAUUAAAAACCCAAGAAAAUUUGGUGAGAGCACGGAUCAACUUUGA